CGCACACUUCCUUUACAAACAGACAUUUUUGCAAUACCAGUUGACGGGGAACGGUGCAGUGUCUAACUGUGUCAACGAAAACUGGCCACCUAAGGAUUAUCUGUUGUUCUAACAAGACAUUGUUAAGGAAUCAAAAUGUUCUACACAUGUGGACCAAAUGAAGCCAUGGUAGUGUCUGGCUUCGGCCGUUCGCCUCCUCUAAUGAUCGCUGGUGGAAGAGUGUUUGUCUUCCCAUGUAUUCAGCAGAUCCAGAGAAUCACACUGAACACCCUGACGCUAAAUGUGAAGAGUGACAAAGUCUACACCCGACAUGGCGUACCAAUCUCCGUUACUGGGAUUGCACAGGUGAAGAUCCAGGGCCAAAACAAGGAGAUGCUGGCCACCGCCUGCCAAAUGUUUAUGGGCAAAUCUGAGGCUGAGAUUGCCCAGAUUGCACUGGAAACACUAGAGGGACACCAGAGAGCCAUCAUUGCCCAUUUGACUGUGGAGGAGAUCUACCAGGACCGUAAGAAGUUCUCUGAGCAGGUCUUCAAGGUGGCAUCCUCUGACCUGGUCAACAUGGGGAUCGGUGUUGUCAGCUACACGCUCAAGGAUGUUCACGAUGAUCAGGACUAUCUUCACUCCCUGGGUAAAGCCAGAACAGCUCAGGUACAGAGAGAUGCCAGGAUUGGAGAGGCCCAGUAUAAGAGAGAUGCUGUCAUGAGGGAAGCCAAUGCCAUGCAAGAGAAAGUUUCGGCUCAGUACAAGAAUGAGAUUGAGAUGGCCAAAGCCCAAAGAGACUACGAGCUGAAGAAGGCUGCCUAUGAUGUUGAGGUCAACACCAAGAAGGCGGAGUCAGAAAUGGCCUAUCAGCUACAGGUUGCCAAAACAAAACAACGCAUUGAGGAUGAAAAGAUGCAGGUUCAGGUGGUGGAGCGAACCCAGCAGAUCACACUGCAGGAGCAGGAAAUUGUCCGCAAGGAGAAGGAGCUGGAGGCUAAAAUUAAGAAGCCUGCAGAAGCAGAGAAAUACCGUCUGGAGAGACUGGCUGAGGCUCAGCGCCUGCAGCUCAUCAUGGAGGCUGAGGCUGAGGCCGAGUCCAUCAGAAUGAGAGGUGAGGCUGAGGCUUUUGCUCUGGAGGCUAAGGGUCGUGCCGAGGCAGAGCAGAUGGCCAAGAAGGCAGAGGCCUUCAAGGAGUACAAAGAUGGAGCUAUGGUGGACAUGCUGCUGGAGAAACUGCCACUGAUGGCAGAGGAGAUCAGCAAGCCACUCUCAGCUGCCCACAAGGUCACGAUGGUGUCCAGCGGCAGCUCAGAGGUUGGGGCUGCCAAACUUGCCGGUGAGGUGCUAGAUAUCAUGACCAGGCUGCCCAACGCUGUGGAGAAGCUCACUGGAAUCGACAUCUCUCAGGCUGCAGAAAAGACGGUGCGUUAAAAGAUCUGGAAGGAAGUAAUCAGAAGUGUCGACAAUAUUCAGACCAGGAGCUCCAAAGUCUCCUCCUCGUGCCUAUAAACCACUGUAACCACUCAGCAACGUCAUAGUCUUGUCUGACUGUGUGCAUGUUUCACUUGUGUGUCUCUUCUGCUGGUUUCUGCUCCAUUUCAAAGGGAUUUUUGGUUCCUCUUCACAAAGUUUCUUUUGAAAUUCCUCGUCUGGCCGGUUGUGUUUUCUGCCAUGGAUGAUAAUAGAAAGCAGUGAGGGAUAUCAUAUUAUUACUGACACUAGUUUAAGCACCAGGCCAUAAAAAACUGAUUUUUUAUGUAACUGCUAUCAGACUUAGUUUUCCUGUGUGGGUCAAAUUCAUCUUUUUUUACUCAUUGCUUUUAAGCAUAUGAAAGUUUUUUGUACCUUCCAUUCAUUAAAGGGUGCUGAUCUAUUUCGUCACAGCAUCAGCUGUUAGCUUUGUGUGGGCAUAUUGUUGCUUUUAUUGUACUUAUAACCUAUUUACUACUAACAGUGCACUCAACCAGUAUAAAGAGGCAAUGUUUGGAUUUUGCUAGAUUACUCCAAAUGUCUCCAUGCAGCAAUUGUUCAUGCUACUGCACAGUUAGUCAAAUUAGUUGCACUGCAAGGCAGAGGGUUUCUUUGUGAUUUAAAAUGAAGGGGAAGGAAGUGGUUGAUGGGAACAAGGCUACAGGGUUUCCUGUUGAAAGCAGUAAAAGUUUGUAGUGAAAUAUGUUGACUGUUGGCUCUGCUGCAGUAUCAUCUGAAGUCUCGGUCUAUGUAUUGUUAAAGUCAUAUAUAUAUAUCACUAACUAGCCAACUAACAACCUGACUAACCAGCAUGCUGCUUUAAUGUGCUCGCUGCACAGAGUUUAAGCUGUCAUGAGAGGUAUUGUAGUGUGAUAUUUGCCGUCUUUUUCUGAUUCGUUUCUCUGAGUUUUCACUCUAAGCUGAUGACGAGUGUCAUAGAUUUUGGCUGAUUUAAGCUUUUGCAGUAAUGACAGGUUUUAUCUCUUUCAUUUUUUUGAUACUUUUGACUUUGAAUCAAAACUUUUCCAACUGCUGAGCCUUAUGCAUUUUGUUAUCGCCAAGUGCCUGGUUAAAACUCUUUAAAGUGUAGUUCAGUUGACCUCUUGAUAAACCUACUAAACCUCUCUGUCAGGUAAAACUUCCUCAUAUGCAACCUCUCAGAAGCCAGGUACCGUCACUUAGGACGACUGUAGAUGAAAGCCAAACCAGUCUCUACUUCUUUUUUAUGCUUCUUUUUACUAAUCUCUUGCAUAUCUUAAACUUGUGCUGUUGCAUGCCUAUCCUCUAAGCUGGCAAAGCAAUUUUUAUAUAGUGUGUAAGUUGUAUACUAGUGUCAGAUAUUCAAGAUUUAUCAAUAGUGAAAUGAUCUGUAGACAAUAAAAGAUGAUGUAAUCACUA